AUCCGUUAUAUGCGACCGAAUUUUCGUUGCUUAAGGGGGCAAGUGCAAUCUGUAAACGUCAUUACUACCCGGAUGGCCGGUCGGGACGGCCGCCGAUGGAAUUUAACGGGGAAAGAUGUCCUACCGGGUUCUCGGUAAAACAAUUCGAUAGCUCUUUCCUUCUUUUCAUUUCAAGUCAAUCCCGCUAUACACCGAAUUGACGGUGAAUCUCAAUCUUAUGUUAAGCUGCGCUAGGACAUAAAGGGACUAUACUCACAAUGGGUCGCACCGAACCUUCAGUUGGCAGGCAGCCUGCCGGUGUGCGUCGUGAUAUCCGCUCGAAACGGGCCAAGGCUACUGCUAAUAAGACUAUACCGAUGGUAUUAGCAGCACAUCCGCGCGCCCGUCGUGGUGUCGAGGCUUCGGAACUCAUUCUUGAUCCGCCUCCCGCUUCUCGGCCUAAGGCAGCGCAACAGGGUCGCGCUCACAAAAACGAAGAUCAUAAUGAUCAAAAGAAUGGAGAAGAGAUACCGAGCUCUAAAAAUCCAAUCAUCUCAUUGCGCGUCGCGGAUACAUUGGAAGCAGCGUACUCGCUACUCCUCAUCGGAACACCAUCUUCAGAGCAACGCCGGGAUCUGUCAAAUACAGCGGCUAGGGUAGGUGUACUGAAUAUGGCUUCACCACUCUCACCAGGCGGUGGAUUCUUCAACGGCGCACAGGGACAAGAGGAAGCCUCGCUAUGCGCGCGCACGACAUUACUACCCGCGCUGCGCGAUGAAUUCUACCGCCUGCCGGAGCUAGGUGUUGUGUAUACGCCUGAUGUAGUUGUAUUCCGUGAUGUGAAUUGGGGUGGUAAUACCUCUACAAAAAAGAAGAAAAGAAGGACAAGCUUAGACGAAGAAGAUAAUGAAAAUGAGGCCGGUGAAGACGAAGAGCGGGGUGUGGGAGGGAAAGAAGAAGAAGCCCCCGUACUCCCGAAAACGGAACGUUGGUUCGUGGAUGUUGUGUCGGCUGCUAUGUUACGAUUACCGGAAAUUGAUGUCGAUGAGGGGACGGGUUGGGCGUCGUAUGCUAAUGCGAAGGAUCGUGAAUUGGCUGUGAGCAAGAUGCGUGCUGUUAUGCGUGUUUUCGCCGCUAAAGGUGUAAAAAGAGUUGUGCUAGGUGCUUGGGGUUGUGGUGCUUAUGCUAAUCCUGUUGGUGAGAUUGCGAGGGCGUGGAGGAAGGUAUUGCUUGGUGGGGAUAAGGAGGGUGGGAAGAAUGAUCAGGAGAAAGGGAAGGGAAAGAAGAGUAAAAAUGUAAAAGAUUCGUGGGAGAAUAUUGAGCAGAUUGUCUUUGCAAUUAAAGAUGCUGGUAUGGCGAGGGCUUUCGCGGCGGCAUUUGGUGAGGAGCUAGUGGGAUUUGAGGAAGAGGGAAGCGAUAUAAGUGGCGACGAGGGUGAUGGUAUAGAAGACGCGAAAGUAAAGGAACUUCGCGAUAAAAUUCAAGAACUUGAGCUACGAAUUGGCCAAGCAAGGACGCCGCAGCUAAGAGCAGGAUUGGAUGCCGUACUCGCCGGACUAAGAACUCAAUUACCCGAUCAAGGAGCUAGUUAUGCCGAGAAGGACCAUGACUCUGAAGAUGCAGAUCAGAGCAGUGAGAGUGAAGAUGGAGAAGAUAAUGAGCGAUCUAACAGGGAAGAGUCAGAUGAAGCCGAAGACCGAAACGGGCAUGAUAAUGAGAGAUAAAGUUACCUAAAUAAACGACCAUAUCCCGGAUUUGAUGUACAAAUCUUGCAUCAUACGAACACCUACGCAUGUUAUAAAGUAGAAUAUAUUGUCCCCAUUAUCCUCAAAUGCUCAUAGCUACAUGAAUCCGCAUAUCACAUACGUACUCCCGCAC